CGUGAAACGUCAAUACGACGGCUCCUUCAUUCAGAUGAGUUGAUGUUAUUCAUACUGUGUAAAAUAUGAAUUAGCGUCAAUAGCUAAUGAAAUACAACGAAAGAAGGCGAGUUUUACACUCAUCAAAGCAGCAAAUAUUUCGACUGAAUUCACAGAAGAGAUGAACUAAACGCAUUGUGUAAACAUUCUGCAUCUGAUUAAUUUGAUUCUUAGCAUCACAUUUCAACACACUGAACUCAAACGGCCUAAUUGUUGUACAGAAAGAGAGAAUAAUGGCAAUGUUUGCACAAAAUAUUUAUAGUGACUGUAUACCGAUCAAAGAAAUCCGGCCCAAUUUGAAGAAUAUCAAUGUGGUGUUUAUCAUUUUAGAAGUGGGCAACGCCACCGUUACAAAAGAGAAUCGAGUAGUGAGAACAUUUAAAGCGGGCGAUCCCACCGCAUGUAUCAAUGUAUCGGUGUGGGAUGAGCCUGGAAACUUAUUAGUACCUGGCGAUAUAGUAAGAUUAACAAAAGGAUAUGCAGCAAUUUGGCGACAUUGUCUCACAUUGUACUCAGGCAAAAACGGUGAUAUCCAUAAAAUUGGCGAAUUCUGUAUGAAUUUCAAUGAACAUCUGAAUAUGAGUGAACCAAAUCCGAAUUUGGCCGCCCCGGUUCCAUUAGCACAGAAAAAUCAAACCGCAUCAUCAUCAGUGCUGAUCAAUAACGGCACCGUGACAUCAAAUAAUAAUAACAAUGGGAAUUCUGUGACCACAACUAUACCGACAACAACGACGAUAUCGUCAAGUGCAGCCGCAACAACUGCAUCAGGAACUUCAUCAAAUGCCGCUUCCACAGCGUCUUUGGCCAAAACAACUGGAUCAAAUCGUACUGGAGCAGCGGCAACAAGCGAACAUAACAAAACAUCAACUACCAGUAAGACGACAGUGAGAGGAGCCAGAAAUAGCCGGAGAUAAUGGAUUUUCAUAGAAACUUAUGUUUUUUUUUUCUUCGCAUGUUCACACACAUUAUACAUAUAUAAAUUUCUUGUACCGCUUCUUGCACUCCAAUUACACUGAUAAUUCAGGUGUUAUUACUUGAUUCCAAAAAGAAAUUUGUUUAAGCUCAAAAAUGGUGAUUUUGCCUUUAACUUACAAUAGCAUGUCAAUCGUAACGCUUAUCAUUGACAAAAUUGGUUGGUUGGAUUUUUUAUGACAAAUAAAUUGGAAGUUCAUCGAAAUAAACAGAAAUGCAACAUUCUUAUAGGUAAUAACAGC